CGUGGACGAAACCACAGGGAUCCCAAUAGCUGAUGCACAUUAAUCAAAGGUCGACAACAUCCGUCCAUUGCCGUCGCAAAGUAGCUAGGGAUGUUUGGCGGAAAUAUAUGGGGUGCCAUUGCACCAGCAAGUGAGGCUCUUCUCGAUAAAGAGCGUGCUCCGCCACCAAAACCUACUCCGCUCGAAUUCCCGUGCUAUGUUCCUCCUCGCUCAGACGAUCCUCUUGAUAGCCACCACCUUGAAUCGUUAUGCAAGGACCUUGCAUCCGUGCGCAGACCAUGGGAUGUCAAGGACAGUCAACUCGCACAGUUCAACAUCCAGCUAGAGCAAGAUGUUUCCUUGGCCGACAUGGUCCCCGAUGAGAGAUUCAAAUCUCGACCAUUAUUAUACGAUUCUGAUUUGACAUCCAUGCUUAAGGAGCUGGAUGUUGAGAACGAAGAUGCUUAUCGCGAAGUUAUACGACUCCCGCCCCUUCCAGGUAGACAGAAACCUCGAUUAGCAUACUCGCGCGCUUUUUUCACAAGCUUGGAAGAUAUGUGUCGCUAUUGGGAUGAUAGCAAGGACGACUACUACGAGGUUGAAGUAGACGGCCAGGAAGGUUCCAACACAGAGUUUUCUCCAACGCCAUCGACAACCAAAGAAACGGAGAAACGCAAUGCCGAAAAGAAAGAGACGAAAGCGCUAUCUGGGGAGACAAAACAGACCACCGAGGGCACCAACUCGGACGGGGAACAGGCCGAACACAACACGUCGCUAAAUGCUGAUAGAGUUGAGAUUCCUCAUCGCUCCAAAACGAAGCAGGUAUACAGAGGCCUUCGAAUCGGCAGUGGUCAGCAGAUGAGUCCAGGUACAAGGGUAGCAGCAGUAAGGAACCUUCUCAAGAUGGCCAUCCACAAGUUCAAUUGCAGGGAUCACGACUUCCAUCCUCGGGAGAAGUUCCGCAUUCGAAACAUCAACCUGCCUUCUACAUUCUUGCACUUCUGCGUUGCCAAGAUGCCAGCCGAAUCCAGACUCGCAAGAGCGAGAUUCGUUGAAGGCCCGCUGAUGGGAGUACACAGUCGGAUGGAGGUGAGGUUCAGACCCCGAGACGGAUCCAAUGAUUCUCCCAACGAUUUUGUUGGCGAAAAGUACGACCUCUUCCGAGAAGUUAGUGGUCUAUUGAUGCUCGCCAAGCAGCGGGCCCGCGAAGGCCAGACGCCAUCCAAAGAACCUCAUCAAGAUCACUGGUGGGCCCUCAGGCAUCGAUGGGGUGGGGGACCAACGAGAUGGGGACAGUUAGCCUGCGAGGUCUUUGAGGACGAUGACCCCAGUUGGAGUCCAGAAGAAAGACAACUACAGCUGGAUAAGAGGACGCAGGAAGAAGAAGAGCGGAAGAGAACUGAUGUACUAGCUACGGCUACUGAUCUGAACAAUCUUAAGCCAGAAGACCUGCUUUCAUUGGAAACCUCUUCCGGUAACGUGCGGCCCAAGAAGAAAAAGAAAGGCGACGAUGAUAGCAAGGACAAAGCAGAGUACAAGGAUGGAAGAAGGCUGAUGUUCACGGCACCCAUACGUCGUAAGUGGUACCAAGAAUGGACUAAAGUCAGGCCAAAUUCGUCGACAUGGGACGAAAAACUUAUCUACAGGAGAAUUGGAGUGCCCGACCCCGAGCAAGGCUGGGAUGAUGUGUACAUGCUUUCGGCGGCGAACCAUCAUGUAUGCUUGGUGAAGCUGAGUGUCCACGAGAACUACCUUCAGUGGCUGGAGACAGGCAACACAAAACACCAAGCUCUGAAGUCAGGAAGACAAGACCACGUCUUAUACAUGACUCGGAGUCGGUGGUUCAACCUGCUCGAUGUCGACCAGCGAAAGGAGCUGUUGACAGGCAUAUGGUGCGUGUUAAGCUGGCUCAACCGUGAUGAGGUGCCUAAAGUCGAGCUUGAAAAGAUGGAAAAUUUAAAACAAGAACAAGAACAACAGGAGUCCGAUAACGGCGGAGAUCAUCCAAUGGAGACAUAAGCAACGCCAAUGCACGAGUAUGGCUGUGGUAUGAAAGCAUCUGUGAAGGCUCUUUACAAUUGCAGGGUCUGAGGGAUGCAAGCAAUCAACCGGAAAGGAAUGAUUCAUGAUAGACUGUAACGAAGAACACAUGUAUGCGGUGCUGACGUAUGUGUCUACAUACCUAGG